UGUGUGGAUGUGAGUGCUCUUUCUCUGCUAUUAUUUGAGUGACUGCAGGUAUUGGUGUCUGCAUGUGAGCGCGCGUGUGUGUGUGAGAGAGAGAGAGAGAGAAAGAGAGAGGCGAGAGGCGUCUCAUCUCCCCCCUCUGGCUUCCCCAUCUCCCUGCUCCCUGCUACUCCUUCCUCUUCCCCUCCCAGACCACCCGUCUCCAAAUGGACCAACCCUGGACCCUCCACCCACAGCCCUUUUGACUCUCCUCACCUCUCCGUCCCAUCUCGUCCACUGAGCAGGAUACGUCUGUUUGGACUCGGACCUUGUACAUGAAACAGCGGCCAACAUCUUAACUCAAUAUUGGCUGUUUCAAGGAAGAAAGGACGAACAUAAGGGAGUGAAUAAGAGAAGCUGAAGCAUAUUUACACCCCUUUGGAUGCGAUAAGUGACGUAAAAUUGUUCAGGUGGAAACGCGCUGGAUAGACAGAUUUCCACACAGUCUUCUGGAGGUGUGACAGCACAAGGUCACAUGACCUGGAAGAGAAAACCCGAGAGACUUCUGGGAUCCCUCUUUGAAUGGGCCGGUAAUCAACCUGGAAAGAAGUGUAAAGGCUGAUGAACUGAUCCGCAGUGUGCCACAGCCACGUUCCUUCCCUCACUCCCUCCAUUUAUGUCCUGAGCUCUGCAACUCAGUGCAACUCUGGUGAUUGGUUGGCUGCUGUACCAUCACACUCUUCCUGCCCCUGGGGGACUCCUGGCACGUGACCACACUCCUGCUUCACCUCCACUCCCAGCAUGGAACCCACCAAAGUCCAGUCAGAAGGCGGGCUGAAUGUCACCCUCACCAUCCGGCUCCUCAUGCACGGCAAAGAGGUCGGAAGUAUUAUUGGCAAGAAAGGGGAAACGGUAAAGAAAAUGCGGGAGGAGAGCGGCGCCCGCAUCAACAUCUCAGAGGGAAACUGUCCGGAGAGGAUCGUCACCAUCACAGGCCCCACAGACGCCAUUUUCAAGGCCUUCGCCAUGAUCGCCUACAAAUUCGAAGAGGAUAUAAUCAACUCCAUGAGCAACAGUCCAGCCACCAGCAAACCUCCAGUGACCCUGCGUCUGGUGGUCCCAGCCAGCCAGUGCGGAUCCCUCAUCGGAAAGGGAGGCUCCAAGAUCAAGGAGAUGAGAGAGUCCACAGGGGCCCAGGUGCAGGUGGCCGGAGACAUGCUGCCCAACUCCACAGAACGUGCCGUGACUAUCUCCGGGACCCCAGAAGCCAUCAUCCAGUGUGUCAAACAAAUAUGUGUGGUCAUGCUAGAGUCCCCACCGAAAGGUGCCACCAUUCCCUACCGCCCAAAGCCCGCCUCCACCCCCGUCAUUUUUUCAGGUGGCCAGGUAAGAGCCGAGCCGCUGGCGGCGUCCGCAGCCAACCUCAGCCUUUUACUGCAGCACCAGCCACUGCCUGCCUACACUAUUCAGGGACAGUAUGCCAUUCCACACCCAGAUCAGUUGACCAAGCUCCACCAGUUGGCUAUGCAGCAAACCCCCUUUACUCCCCUCGGACAGACCACCCCUGCUUUCCCUGGUUUGGAUGCCAGUCCCCCGGCCAGUACUCAUGAACUCACCAUUCCCAAUGAUCUAAUAGGCUGCAUAAUCGGGCGCCAGGGAACCAAAAUCAACGAGAUUCGACAGAUGUCUGGGGCGCAGAUCAAAAUCGCUAACGCCAUGGAAGGGUCUUCAGAGCGCCAGAUCACCAUCACUGGAACCCCCGCCAACAUCAGCCUCGCUCAGUACCUCAUCAACGCAAGGCUGACGUCUGAGGUCACUGGAAUGGGCACACUCUAAAUUCUACCCAUCAUCCUUCACUGCAUCACAUGACCCUCUUGAGCCAAUGGCAUUGCACCUAGUUUGUUUUCUCUCUCUCUGUAUUUGGCUAUCCUGCAUUUUAAGUGAUUAUAACUUAUUUAUAUACUAUAAUGUAUACUCAUUUAAAUAUUCCAGUUUAAUGUUCCUCCUUCCAUACCCGCGUUGUUGACUUGAUGCUCCAGUCCUGUUCCCCACUGCUUCAACUGACAAUGUGCUUUUUUGACACUCUAGUACCGUACAUGCUUCAAACGGGCGCUCUGCAUAAGCAUAACCUUCACUGUGAUUUUUUUUUUCUUCCUGUAUGUUAUGCACUGUGGGCCUCUGAAAGCCUAUUCUCAAACAGUCUUUGCAGCGGCAUGGAAAUGCACGCUUGUAAAAUGAAUAUUUCAGAUGGUUUAUGGAUGCUGUAAACCAUGUGCAGCAGGGUUCCUCGUGCCCGCGCCUCUCACACAUGGCUCUCAGAGAGAUGCACCCCCCCCCCCCCCCCUCCCAGUGCAUCUGCAUGGGUGUAGAGGCAGCAGGAGGGACCUCUCUGCAGAUACAUUAUCAGGCCUGCGUUGGUAUUCAGCUUACAAGCUAUUCAAAGACACGCCCCAACAAAUUGUAUGGACACUCAACAGAAAAGAGUGGCAUUACAUGAAAUGCAAUUUUAGUUAUUAAAACAGUAAUACUACAACUGAUGUAGAGAAAAAAAAACAUAUUAUUCAAUAUUCUUUUUACAUGUGCAUAUAGGUGCUGUAGGUGAAGUCUGCGAGAAUAGUGUUAUGAAAAUGCUGAAUCUAAAAAUUGCUUCUCUUGAAAGUGAAUACCAGCUUGCCAAUAAUGAAAUCUAUGCCCGUCUGUUUACACCCCAUUCACCGUUAAUGGCUGUAUGCGUGCAAGUGUGCUGUGCAUACGGCUGCGUCUGUCAUACUGCUCUCCAGGACACGAGU